AGAGACGACGUCAUGUAGUGCAGCGCAUCACAUUAACUUCUGAGGGAAGCUUAUACACGUGUUUUGGCGAACGAUGGAGUCUUGUAGUGCGUAAUGCAUGACAAUCCCACGCUGCGUCUCACUCCACAGGAUCUGGCAUGGCCCUAUACUAUUUAGCCUGAGCUUGGCUCCAAACUCCUCGCCUCAGCUCCAAACUUCCCUGCGAUAGUCUUUCCAUCAGUCACAAUACCAAGUACGAUGACCGGUUUACACCUUUCGACGCAAAGUCAUCGGCUGCUUAUUUGUGUGCCACUAAUCACUGGCUUAUUCUGGUUUGCAACACUGCUCGCCAUGCUUCUUACCUGGCUUAUCUCUGGACGUCCCAAGUACGUCUCUCAAGAGGGAAACGUUGCAUACAUAUCAGACGUUGCCGCAUCAUUCCUCAAACCACUAUUCAUUGUUGGAUGUUGCAUCACCGGAGUGGGCUUCAUGCUCUCUCUCGUGCUAGAACGUCUUCUACGGCACAGAGGCAGGCUCCCUCCCUCCAUGCGCAAAAAAGAGCGCGUGUUUGAGAUUCUUGCCAUCGUAGGAUCCAUCAUCGGAAUGUUGGGCCUCGUUUUCCUAUCUGGCUUCGAUACAAAACGCUACCACACCGCGCACUACGUAUGCCUGUUCUUCUUCGCCCUUGGUGUCAUUCUCUCCGUAAUCUUCACUGUGUUUGAGUAUCGCUGGUUAGUUCAAAAUCAUCCUGACAUUAUAAAGCUUCGGUAUGCGUACUUGGUGAAGGCCGUCAUUGGAAGCGUACUUAUUGUUUUAGCUAUUGCCUUUGGUAUUGCGCUAUUUUACGCUUCGGAAGUCGGAGCAAUUUUAGAGUGGAUCAUUGGAUUCGGGUUUACUUUUUACCUACUCACAUUCGCAUACGACCUAAGGGCUGCAAGAAUCGCGGAGGAGAAGGAGGGAGAGGACAUGGCGGAGAAGGGCCAGGCCUCCCUGAUCGCGGAUCAUAGGGAACCUCUAAGCUCCCGAAUUAGACCUUGGAAGAAUACUGCGUACCCGCCCCGAUGACGGUAUCUUAAUGAGUGAAGGUGAGCUGGGGCGCUUGCCUACCAAACGCGACAUCGUUGAUCAUUUGCAGUGUGUCCCGUUGAAGAAAUUC